AUGGAUGUCACUGCCGAGUCGAGACACGGACGAUGUCGGGUAUCCCCUGAUCAGUGUCACAAUGAUGACACUCCAGUAACUACAACGACUGAAACUGGACCUGUACACGACGAUGCAGUGGCAGCAAAGAUCCGUGAAUUUAAGGAAGGGAUGGAAAGACUGAUUGCAAGGACAGAUGUUCCAAAAUUCAACAACACUUCGGUCGCAAAUGCUGUUUUUGCUGUGGAUUCGAUUGUAGCAAAGUCUGUCCUCAGACCAAGCGUGCCCUCCUUCUACCCCGGCUUCAACAAGGGAGGUACAGCCGAGCAUGGUAAUGAGAACAUAAUAGAUGGAAAGACUCAGGCGCCCGCGAACACAGGAAACAAUCGUGUAGUUCAUCCCCCACUUGCGACAAAUCAGCUCCAUACUUGUGGAGACAACACUGGCGGGAAUGGCGUUCAGGUAUUGUUUACUGUAGGGCAUAUGACAGCAGGAAACUUCCAAACUCACAAUGCAGCCCGUGUGAGAGACGACACACAAAAACCGUUUGACUUCCGCCCGACAUUGGCCAACCCGCGACCAUGCAACCAACCUCCCGGUGUGAAUAAGAUACAAAUGCAGCCGACUCAGGCUGCGGCUGCCGCACUGUUUGUGGCAAACUGCCUACAUCAGUCCUCUAGAAGGGAGGUAACGUGUAAUCCGCCAUUGCCACCUCCUCCAAACAAGACUUACACCGAUUUGCAGCCACCUCCUAGGUUUCAGCAGUACCAACAGCAGUGCGGUCACCAUGGUAUACAGAAUCCACAUGCAGCAAGGAAUCCACCACCCGGAUUCAACGACGCUUCCCAGGCUCCCAUCCGCAACCGAGAUCCCCCUAAUGUACUUUACCGUUCGGAACAAGUCCACCAACAACACCCCUUACCUAUACAUCAGCAACUACCAUUCAGGUUUUCAGCAGAACAAAGUUUCCAACAUCAGCCACAGCAGCACGUCAUUGGAAGUAGAUUUCCACACCCACCAGUCCAGAAUAUGCAUCAGCAAGUUCAGCAACAACAUCAUAUUCAGCAACAACAAUUUCAACAACAACAACAACAACAACACAUUCAACAGCAUCAGCAACAACAGAACCAAAACCAUCCCCAACAACAUCCCCAAAAUCACCGUCCCCAAGUACAGCAGCAGCUGCAGCCUCAUCAGCAACCUCCUCACGCGCAUCCGCCUCUCCAUCCCCUCCAACCACAGCAACACUUCCUCAAUCGAGGUUCCUCCAUUCCAGUACUUCAAUAAGAUACAGAACGGAUCACAACAGACCAACGCUAAUGUACAUACCAGCUGGCAUCUCAAUAUACAAGGGGAAAAUACCAACUGCAACAACGGAAACGUUGA